UUGUCAGUUAUUUGUCUCUGUAAAAGUACCUAGCCUUGAAAGGGAACUGCCUGUCCUGGGCCUGAAGAUAUUGCAACAUUAAUUUACAGAAGCACUUUCUCCUACGAUGUCUGAUGAAGUGACCUAUGCAACGCUUAUGCUUCAGGAUUCUGCAACAGUGAGAAGUAAUCAGGACGGAAACAACCUAAGAAAAAAAGAACACCCAGUUCAAUCCUCUAUUUGGCGAGGUGCUGCCUUGAGCCUGAUGACCCUCUGCCUGUUGCUGGUGACAGGACUGGUGACCUUGGGGAUUAUAUUUUUGCAGAUGUCUAAAGAUAUUAACUCUGAUUCAGAGAAGUUGAACCAACUCCCGAAAAUCAUCCACCCACAGCAGGACAAUCUGUCUGAGCCACUGAACAUCUCCAGGAAGGGUUCCUCAGAGGACUAUCUCCAGUUCCAGAUCUCUGCCCUCCUGGAGAGACAGGGGCAGAUGGCUAUCAAGCUCUGCAAGGAAUUUCUCAUCCACACCUCUGACCAUAAGUGCAAUCCUUGUCCCAAGAGCUGGCAAUGGCAUGGAAACAGUUGCUAUUAUUUCACACUCCAUGAAGAGAAAUCCUGGAGUGACAGCAGAAAAGACUGCACAGACAAGAAUGCCACUCUGGUGAAGAUUGACAGCCUCAAAGAAAGGGAUUUCCUUCAGUCACAGCCAUCGCUCACGCUCUCUUUCUUUUGGCUGGGAUUGUCCUGGAACUCAACUGGCAGGCACUGGCUAUGGGAAGAUGGUUCGUCUCCCUCUCCAGCCUUAUUUAGCUAUCAGGAGCAUGCCAGGUUCAAUGGAUCCAGAGGGUGUGCUUAUUUUGAAAGAGGGAAUGUUUACAUUUCUCGCUGUAGUGCUGAAAUUUCUUGGAUUUGUGAGAAGACAGCUUCCCUGGUGAAGAUUGAAGAUUUGGAUUGAUCU